AUGGGUAUUUACAUGAAGAUUUUUGAGGCCAUCGCAGCUGGUCUUCUGCCCGCCUUCCCCGCCCGCCCCAGAGCGCGGCAGCAGCGCAGCCCCCCCCCGGACAGGCAGCCGAGGGGCGGCGGCCAUGACGCGUCUCUGCCGCGGCGCAGGCGCGAUCGCGACCUUGGCAGCGGCUCGGCCGGGAGGCGCUCGAGCGUCCCGAGAUGGCGGCACCAAGGGCGGGAGAAAGGAGCCGCGUGGCCCGUGCCCCGGACCGGCUGUUGGGCACCCCGAGGCCGCAGCGGCGGGAUUGUCCGUGAGCAGGGACGGAGAUGGACCCAGCCCAGCGCGUGGAAAUGGAUCUCUCCAGCUGAACGCUCAGGUGAAGCGAGCAGAGAGUGUGCCCAGCAUGAACCAGGUGACCUGCACAUCUCCAGGGCAGAGCAACACGGGAGCAGCAGGGAGAGGUGGCUUUGUCCUGGAGGUUCCAGGAGCUCGGGGUGGAUAUGUGAGCCUGCAGCUCCAGGCUGCCGCAGGACCCAAGGGCUGCACACACCCAGAGCGUACAGGUUCGCUCGUAUUGUGAUUUGCAAAUGGCACGGCAAAUGCCACGAGAGCAGCUGCGGAAGGUGGCUCAGAAGCAAUGACAAGAAUGUGCUGCAAAGUUGGGUCCAGCAGUCCAGCUUCCCGACACGCCAAUUCUGAAGCACUGAGCAGAGCCGAUCUCUGAGAGCUGACACGGGAGCUCUGGUGAGGACAGUUGCUCCCCUGCCUCGGUGUGGGACCUGCUGAGCUGCCGUUCCUGUGGUGGGAGUGUUUCUCCUCUCAUCCAGGCAAGCCAGAGACCUCCUAGGGAAGGGGCAGCAGAGUGCAGCCGCCCAAGAAAGGAUUUUUUGCAGCUCAGCCAGAUGUUCUCCUGCCUCCCGCCAAGACCCUGAGAUGGAGCUGAGUUUGCAUUCCAAUUUAUUGGAACAGAGGCUCAUCAGAAGUUUCCUCAGCUAUCUGAGGCACAGAGCCCUGGAGCCAAGACAGCGUGAAGACUGAAAUUGUAAGAAGAUGUGGAGGGAAACAGAGAAUCUGACGGGAGCAUCGAACGCACAAGUGCACAAAUUUUGCUUGGAUUUAAACUCAGAAGUUGUAAGGAAUUUGGGAAUGAGAAGGGACAUUUCAGAAGGAGAAGAAGUUGUUGUUACAGUCCUGGCAUAAUCUUUUGUUCUAGCUAAUAAAGGAAGUUAGUUUAAAUUAAAAAAAAAGAAAAAAAUGUGGGGUUUUUUUCUUCACUAUUAUAUUCAUUGGUGGUAUAUGGUGUGUUGUUUUAUUUCUUGGUAUUAUUAACUCUGUGUAAAUUGUUUUUGGAGUGAAGCUAACUUUCUGGAUGGGUUGGUUUGUAUUUGAGGUAGGAUUAAUUACAAUAGGUUUCUUUAAUAGAGUUCUGAUAGGUAUUACUUGGAUUUUGGUUUUGUUUGCUGUAUAUAUAAACAUACACAUUUGGUAGGGCCAGCUUGGCUGCUGGAGUUUAGCAAAUGACCUAAAUUGUUUUUUUGUUACAUCCUAUGAUCAGUUUUAGGCAGUGACUUUAUACUGCUUUUAGGAUUUUCUUAUGCAAUGGUGAGAAAAUAGGCAGGUCUGAUACUUGUUUGACUUUUUUUGUACUUAAUGUUUCAUGAAAUUCUGUAAGCCAAGCGAUCUACUGGUUAAACUAUA